UUACAACCUUUUUUCCUAAUCCAAGGUUUCAAUUAGUUUGGCAUGAAACCUUACCCAUGUAGUCAUAAACAUAAAAAACGUGGCAUAACAUAAUUAGACACACAACACGACAUAGACAAGGCAACCCAUCAACCACUGCAUGCCAAACAAAGUUCCUUGUCAAACCCCCCCAACGCUCCAACGACGUUCGGUGGUUUGGUUCGACAAGGAAUUCAACCACAUUACGCCAUUAAUCCUUCACUUAUUCCUCUGUAAAACAAACAAAACCAUUCCCCUACGUAUUCCACCUUUGCAUGCAACCUUUCAACCUUUCGGCUUCUAAAUAAUCCCCACCUUUUUUAUUAAUUAUAUUCCCUCCGCCCCCUAUCGUUGUUUCUUUUUUACUUUGCAUGAGAGCAAGGAAGGAAUAAUUAACAUCAACAAUGACAGGGUCAUCGAGAAAAGGACGUGUGUUCCUAGAAGAAAGUAGUGACGAUGGUCGAAAGUUCGGAAAGUUAAAGAAGGACGAGUUCGACGGGUAUAACUCCGAUAACCACCCAAGAAAAAACAGCCCCGUGACGUUGGACGCAUCUCAUUUGGAUCCUCAAAUGGCCGCAGAUAACGCUCCCUACGACCCUUCUCUCUCUCCCUUAUCCAAAUCCCCAUGGUCCUCUCACAUCAACGAAGACGCUUUCGUCUCCAACGAAAACGAAGCUCUCGUGGGGUCCCUAGUCCGCGAAGAGGGUCACAUAUACUCCCUCGCCGCAACAAAGGAUUUGUUGUACACAGGUUCAGAUAGUAAAAACAUUCGCGUGUGGAAGAAUCAGAAGGAGUUCGCAGGGUUUAAGUCCAACAGCGGGUUAGUGAAAGCUAUCGUGAUUGCCGGCGAGAAAAUCCUCACGGGACACCAAGACGGAAGGAUAAGGGUAUGGAAAGUUUCGGGGAAAAACGAGCAACAACACAAGCGCGUGGCGACUCUUCCAACCCUAAGAAACUACAUCAAAUGUUCCAUGAAACCGAGCAACUACGUGGAGGUGAGACGACACCGUAACGUGUUGUGGAUCAAACACUACGACGCCAUCUCGUGUCUCAGCAUAACGGAGGAUCACUCUCUUAUAUACUCGGCCUCGUGGGACAAAACGUUCAAGGUGUGGAGAACCGCGAACUUCAAGUGCUUGGAGUCGGUGACGGCGCACGACGACGCCGUUAACGCGUUGGUGGUGGGGCCGGAGGGGUUGGUUUUCACGGGAUCCGCUGACGGCACCGUUAAGAUUUGGCGGCGGGAGGCGCAGGGGAAGACGACGAAGCAUUUCUUCUCGCAAACACUGUUGAAGCAAGAAUGCGCGGUGACGGCGUUAGCGAUUAACGUUGAGGGGAAUCUGUUGUACGCGGGUUCCUCCGAUGGCUUAGUGAAUUUUUGGGUUAGAGGGGCCAAGUUUGAGCACAAGGGGGUUUUGAGAGGGCACAAGUUGGCGGUGUUGUGUUUGGCGACGGCGGGGGGGUUGGUGUUCAGCGGCUCCGCCGACAUGUCCAUAUGCGUGUGGCGGAGGACGCUGAGCGACGAGCACACGUGCGUGAAUGUUCUUUCGGGGCACACUGGCCCCGUGAAGUGUCUGGCGGCGGAGAGGGACCCCGACGCCAUGUGCAACGAGCGCAAGUGGAUUUUGUAUAGCGGGAGCUUGGACAAGUCGGUGAAGGUGUGGAAGGUGUCGGAGAACGCGGCGGCGCCGACCAACGUGCAGCUCCCGCGGCUGAGUGCUGAUCAGUUUCCCAGGUCUUCGUCCUUGAGGAAAAUGGGGUCUAGGAGAUACUAGCAUUAGCCUUGCAUGCAUGGGUGCGUGCGUGCAUGCUGUCUCUGUUCACAGGGGAAUGGGAAUACUCAUUGUUACGUCAUAGAUUGAUAUAUUAAUUAGUUAGUGUUUGUGCACAGAGGAGGAGGAUUAAUGUUCGUCUUCACUUUUCAAGAUUAAUUGUUCACAUUUGUUUUGGACAUGCGCCAUUCUGUGUCAAUUAUCACUUUCUUUUCUACUAUUUUCUUUGUUGGUUC